AUGCAAAUUAUUAGAGAAAUAUCAAUGAAAUCAUUCAAAUUUAAUCGAAGACGACGACAAAUUUCACGAAAACUGCAAGAAAUUAAUUUUGAAAAUUCAAACUAUAUGGAAACAUUGGAAGAAAUUUCCUCACAAAUUAUUCCAACCAUUUAUAGUAAUAAUGAAGAAUUAGAAGAAAAUUAUCUUAGUUCAUCAAUUCUUAAAUGCUCGGUAAUUUAUGCAUGUCCAAGGGGUCCACCGGGACUUCCAGGAAAGAGAGGAGCAAGUGGAGAAGCAGGAAUUCCUGGUGUCAAUGGUCAUCCUGGCUUGCCAGGAAUAAUGAUUGGAUAUGUGACAUCAGAUUGUAUUAAAUGUCCGCCAGGUCCACCAGGUCAGAAAGGACCCGAUGGGGCCCGCGGUGAAGAUGGUAUACCUGGUAAGCCUGGUUUACCUGCAGCACUAAAUAUUCUUGGUCCACCAGGACCAACUGGUGAUCCAGGGCCUCCAGGUUUACCGGGAGAAGAAGGAGAACCGGGUAUGCCCGGUAUACCUGGUACACCAGGUACCAGGUACUUGAUUGGUGCUUCAGGACCGAAAGGACCAUCGGGACCACAAGGCCACAUAGGAGAGCCUGGAAUUCCUGGUGAACCAGGACUACCUGGCGAAAUUGGACCGAUUGGUCUUAUAGGAGAUGAUGGUGAACCUGGCUUAAGUGGAACACCAGGACUUGAUGGAAUGCCAGGAUCACCAGGAAUUCCUGGUAUUGAUGGUCAGUAUUGCAUCUGUCCAGCACGAAAUAAAACAACAACAACAAGAUUUUCACAUCCAAAACCACCAGCUUUUCAACCCAUACUAAAUCAACAUUUAAAUGACCUAGCGUACAACAAUACAACCGUUAAUAAUAAAAAUUCAAAAUUUAGUCCUUAUUAUCGCAAAAUGUUAGAAUCUAUAACAAAUCAUACUUCUACUUCUGAAUUUAAAUCAAUUUUAUUACCAAAACAAAUUACAUUUAAUCCAUUUCCUAUUUUGCAUUCAUCAUUUGUGACAAAAAAAUCUACUCCUAUUCAAUAUGUAGAAAAUUAUAAAUCGAGUUAUACGGUAACACCGUAUAAGUCGAUUGAUCAGAGAAUUAUCAAUAAAUCAAAAAACUAA